AUGGACUCCGCAGGGAUCCUGCGGCGCAUCGCCGCAGUCGGUUCAAUCCUGGAGUCGACCGUCGACCAGCUGCAGCUCGCCGCGGUGUCGCGCUCGCAGUCGGGACAGCUCAUUCGGGAGCUCAAGAAGGCGAGGCUGCCCCCAGAGGGGCUUCAGCCGAUUCUGGGUGCGAUCGCGGAGUCACGCCUUCUCGAGCCCGAUAAGGCGAGCAUCAACACCGCCAUUUCGCAGCUGGUUUCUGCCGAUGGCGAUCAUUGCAUGGCCAUCGCGAACUACCAGGAGUGGGAGGCGCUCACCGAGUUCCUGCCCCAGCCAGUGUGGGAUUCCCUGCCGUCAGGAGAUCCGAACAUACUGUUCGACUUUCUCAUUGACCUGGGGCUGCGCAAAACUUCGGAGCCGACGCGGCACGUGAUGGCCUGCCUGCUCAUGCAAGCAGGGAGAGGGCUUGAAGGCGCUCUUCAUAUCGAUAAGGACACAAGGGCAGAGUCGGUGUUGGCCGUCGGCACGCUGCUCGCACAGAGGGCGGCUCAGAAGCCGCUCCCAGUUCCUUUCAGCAUGAAGUUGCCGACGGCGCCGGUGAUUCUUCAGACCGAGCAUCCCGCUCUGUACAUGCGGGUAUACACUUUGCAGCCACCGAAACGCUUCGAUCUCGACCCCGCCCAAUGGAACGUCCUCAAGAAGGCCACCAAGAUACGCCAUCGCGCAGGUCGGGCUGCAGUCAUGGGCGCCCCGGCGAGCAGCGGGGCGCAGUGGGUUCCCUCGACGCAG